UUAUUUUCGGACAUCAUCCACCGAAUCCCCUUCCCUUAUACUAAUAAUCAUCUUUUCUAUCUCUCUCUCUCUCUCUCUCUCUAUAUAUAUAUAUAUCUCCUUGUCACGCCAUUUAUACCGUCAAUCGUGACUUUCAUACACCGGCAUAAAAAGUCAGCUGAGAGCUAACCAUAUUGAUCCUGGUAGACAUGGGUCAUCGGCAUUUAUUCAAUCCACACUACAUGUUCGAGACUGAGAAUGAUCAGAGCUGGACCUUACCAGAGAUUCCCUACAUGCAAACUGUAAGCAGUGGAGCUGGCGAAAGCAGUUCUCUUAUAUAUCCAACAGAUAAUAUGUCAAUUGAUGGAGCACAAUAUGGUCACUGUAAUCAACCUCCAAUGAAUAGCGGAUACCCUUCAUUGCCUCACAAUAUGCAGAUCCCAAAUUAUCAACAACAUGUUGCUGGACCGUCGGAUCUUUCUAUGCAUACAUAUAUGGCUCCUGAAGAUUAUAGGAAUCAGGCAUCUUCAUCUAAUUUUAAUGGAAAUCCUUUCAAUGAUGAAGAUUUAUUUGAUCUAUGGCUCGGUAAUAGAAGAGUUCAAUCUAAACGUAAAAGCCCGGGUAUUCCUGAUGGUGCUGGAUCUUCUAGUGAUGUUACUAUGCUCACUCAACCGUGGCAAGAAACUCCAACCACAAAUUUUCUCCACCCGCCUUGGGAUUACCGUGCAGCAAACUCUAAUGGCCUCUCGAUUGGAGGGGAGAGCUCUCUUAGGAAUGUUAGAAGCAGGUCUGCAUUUGAUUUGGAAACUGGCACUUCAAGGACUAAUUUGGGAAUCGGUUUGCCACAUGAGUAUUACACAACUAGCCAUCCGAUGGAUGUUUCACCGUCAAUAAAUCUUCUGGGCCAGAGCUCAAACAGUUUGAAUCCAACUCGUAUGUCUUCUGUUGGAAAUGAUUUUGAAUCAAACCCGUUUCUCGAAAGAAGCAGUAAUCCUAGUUUUUCAGUAGCAAUCGGGCAACAGAAUUACAAUACGACAACAAGCAGCAGCCAUACCUCAGCGCAACCUGUUAGAAGCGUUCGAAGUAACUAUGCUCAAAGGCCUGGGUCAACUUUAAGGUUGUCUUCAAGCAACUUACGGUUGGGGGAUGCUCCAAUGACAAAUGAAGGGUUGCAAAUGGCCACCAGCAGUCAUUCUUCUCGACAUCAAAGAACUUCAUCUACACGGGCAAGAAUGUCAAGUGAAAGAUACAUAUCCUUUCCUAGCAGAAAUUUCCAAGGCCGGGCACCAACUGAGGGUCAUAUGAUUAGGGAUCAAUCCGCUUUUUAUAGACCAAGAAAUCCAUUUGAUCAGCACCAUGACAUGAGACUUGACAUAGAUGGCAUGAGCUAUGAGGAGCUCCUUGCACUUGGGAACCACAUUGGAAUUGUCAGCACUGGCAUUCCUGAGCAUCUUAUCUCAAAGUGCUUGCAAGAAUCAAUUUACUGUUCUUCAGAUCAAAUACAAGAGGAAGGAAGCUGCGCCAUCUGCCUGGAAGAGUACGCACAUAUGGAUGAUAUUGGAAUGUUGAGAGUUUGUAGGCAUGAUUUCCAUGUUGGCUGCAUCAGAAAAUGGUUGUCAAUGAAGAACCUGUGUCCUAUCUGCAAAGCAGAACCCAUGAAACAGAAAUAACAUGUAAGACCUUAUUUAUCCGGUUUACAUGAUUUCAUUCUUGUAAAUACAUGUAUGAAAAGGUUUCUCGAUAUCGAGAAGAAAUAUGGAUUUCAAUAAUUUAGUGAAUCUUGUGCAUGCAUCUGUGACAAUCAUGAUGCUGUGUCCCUGGUAAAUUACUGGGGCUAUAUCUGUAUAUUAUAAGUUAAGUAUUGAUCUAAAACUAGUUAUCUUUAGAAGUUCCACAUGCAUAAUUUAUAUGUUCGUCUGAGUUUUAAUACUCUGCAUUUUGCAGAAUUUUUAUUCGACAAAUAUUAUAUAAUUGCACCUUUACAUUUGUCAAA